AUGUUUCUCUCGGUCUCUCGAAUUACGCUUCCCCUCCCCCUACUGACGCUAAUCUUGGAAGGUUUUGUCGCAACGCUGCGCGACAUAUCGUUUGUUUAUUCCUUGCUCGCAGGACGAUGUCAGCUGACUGAGGUCGUGUCCAUGACUUACGUACCAGGAAUCAGAUCUCCAGAAUCGAGAUAUAAUAAGCAUCAAUUGUGGAUACGCCAACUUAGGACUGAACAAACGAAGGUCUACAUCAGUUAUUUUUUACCAUCGCAAGAACUCUUGGCUGUAGGACCUUUAUACUUCGGUGGUUUUGAGGCCAUACCAGACAAUACUCGGCGUGGAGCGGCGACACAGUUCGUUGCCGGGGUGACGGGAAAAGCUCUGGGGAAAGAGCAGUUAUGUUGUCGAAACGACUAUCCUGAGAACAUCGUCGUCUGGAAGCUUAAAACGACAAUCAUCGAGAGGAUGGUCACGCUGCGGUAA